GAACGAGAGUCUGUGGACGUGUACGUGUGGAAUGUUGAUGUUGUUUUUCUCAAUGUAAUUUUCUAAUUAUUACUGCAACAAUGCCUGAACAUGAGUUUUCAAAUCCCUUGCCGCCAAGCAACAUGCGGCAUGCUUCAACAGAGGAUGAUUCUGGACUGACGAAGCUGUCUAAUGAUGACUUUCGUAAACUUUUGAUGACUCCACGAGACACACCGGGUGAGGCUCCGCCUUCCUCCAGACCAACACAGCAGAAACCGAUUGUUAAGGAUUAUAAUGAAGAAGACGAUCCCAGGGCAAGAAGGCGCAAGAAAAAGAGUUACUAUGCAAAGCUCAAGAAGCAGGAGAUGGAGAGGGAAGAAGAAUUGGCAAAGAAAUACAGAGACAGGGCUGCAGAAAGAAGAGAUGGGAAAACGGAUUAUGAUGAAACUGAAAUCGUCAGCACAACAGCAAACUACAAGGCUGUAGCUCCUAAUGCACCAGCAGAUUCUGCAGCAUCUAAUAGGCGUAAGCAGCUUAUUGAGGAGAGUAAAUAUCUUGGUGGUGACAUGGAACAUACUCACUUGGUGAAAGGUCUGGAUUAUGCCCUGCUACAUAAGGUUCGAGCUGAAAUCAACAGCAAGGAGAGAGAAGUAGAAGAUGUUCUGGAGAGCACUUACCAGAGUAAACCUAAAGAAGUGGAUGCUGAAGAAAAUAUCCAGUUCAAAGGCAGAAUGGCAAGGAACAUUUACCGUAUAGUAUUCAAGAUGCAACAGCCUCAGCGUAACGAGUCCUUCCUUCCAGGUCGCAUGGCUUACCAAGUUGAUCUAGAUGAUGAGUUUGCUGAGACAGAUAUCCCAACCACAUGCAUGAGAAGCAAAGCUGACUGUCCAACUGUAGAAUCACAAGCAACUCUGACUACCAAUGACAUUGUAAUCAACAAGCUGACCCAGAUUCUAUCCUAUCUUCGACAAGGCCAAAGAGGAAAGAAACUCAAGAAGAAGGAAAAAGGCAAACUGAAAGAUGAAAAGAUGGAUAAAGCACAUGUUGGAGAAGAUAAUAUCUUUGGUGAUCUUGGAAGCUACCACCCAUCUUACAACAAGCCUAAGGAACCUCCCAAACCCCGGGAGAAGGAGAAAGAAAGGGAGAGGGAGAGAGACAGGGGCCGUGACCGCGAUAGGGAGCGGGACCGAGACCGACCCAACCGGGAUUACGAAAGACCCCGAGAGAGCGACCGGGACCGACAGAACCGGGACUACGAGAGACCGAGAGAGAGCGAAAGGGACAGAGACCGUGACAGGAAUAGAGAUAGAGACAGGGAUAGACAGAGGAUGGAUAGGGGCCGGGAUUAUAGGGACAGUGAUCGGGACCGUGAUCGCAGACCAAGGUCAAGUUAUUUUGAGAAACCUAAGGAGGCUGAUGAGGAAUUUGACAAGCCUCCUUCUGCUGAUAAACUCCUGCAAAGCAUCAGUGAAAAGUUUGGAAAGCCUCCACCAGAAAAAGAGGAUGAAUCUCGCUUCAGAGCCGGUUGGGAAAAUGAUGAUAAAGCUCAGUCAUCACGUGACAGAGGCAUUGCCUUGACUGGAGAGGGAGACAGACAGAAGUCGAGACAGGGCAAAAAAGGAGGUAACUUUGACAGCUACUUUGAAUGUUACCCAGGUGCGAUGGAAACAGCUGAUGCUCUGGAUGAUUCUGAUGAUGAAGUAGAUUACUCUAAAAUGGACCAGGGUAACAAGAAAGGUCCUGUUGGAAGAUGGGAUUUUGACACUGCAGAAGAAUACAGUGACUACAUGAACCAGAAGGAAGCUUUGCCAAAAGCUGCGUUCCAGUUUGGAAUCAAGACAUCCGAGGGUAGAAAGACAAGGAGAGCUCACACAGAGAAGAAUGAGAAGGCUGCACUAGAUAGAGAAUGGCAGAAAAUUAGUCAGAUCAUUGCAAAGAGGAAAGAGACUGGAGAGGGAAAAAGGGAAGUUGACUACAAGAGACCCAAGUACUGAUUAACCAGUUCGUGUAUAGAUAAAUGUAACAUUUUGUAUAUA